UCACCGCCACGACGCUAAACCACCGGCGUGAAGCUGAGAACUCUGAGGAAUGGCCUCAGCUUCGUCUCCACUGUUCGCCGUGAGGAAUGAAGAUGAGGAGGAGGAGAUGGCGGUGAGUUCAUGCUGGGUGGAUACCCGGAGGGAGCUGAGGUUGGUGUGGGGUAUCGCCGGCCCGGCCAUCCUCACCUCAGUGUUCCAGUACACGCUCGGUGCUACGACGCAGACUCUGACUGGCCAUAUUGGUACGCUGGAGCUCGCGGCAGUUGGUAUUCAGAAUCUCGUUGUUUCCGGCAUCGCCUUCGGCAUCAUGGUGGGAAUGGGUAGUGCCUUGGAGACUCUGUGCGGGCAGGCAUUUGGAGCGAAGAAGUCAAACAUGUUGGGAGUUUACUUGCAGAGGUCAUGGAUUAUCCUUCUGAUCACAGCUCUGAUCCUCACCUUAGUAUACAUUUUUGCUACACCAAUCUUAAAAUUAUUAGGCCAGACUGAUGAGAUUGCUGAAUUGGCGGGGAGAUUUUCAAUAUGGAUGAUUCCUGAGCUGUUUGCCUUUGCAAUAAAUUUUCCAAUUCAAAAGUUCCUUCAGGCACAAAGCAAGGUGUGGGAAAUGGCAUGGAUUUCUGCUGGUUGCCUCAUUCUCCAUUUGGUUCUCAGUUGGCUCUUCAUUAUUAAACUGGGAAUGGGCUUGCUGGGGGCUGCUAUCACUCUUAAUUUUUCCUGGUGGCUUUUAGUUGCCGGCCAGUUUGGUUAUGUUCUAUCAGGAUACUGCAAGGAUACUUGGACUGGUUUCUCAUGGUUGGCGUUCAAAGAUUUGGGUGCAUUUUUCCGAUUAUCCGUUGCCUCAGCUGUUAUGCUAUGUUUGGAGUAUUGGACUUUCAUGAUUGUGAUUGAAUUAGCUGGACUUUUGAAGCAUCCUGAGAUAGCUGUGGAUGCUGCAACCAUUUGCAUGAAUGUUGAAGGAUGGUGUUUCAUGGUUCCACUUGGACUUGUUGCAGCUAUAAGUGUUCGCGUCUCAAAUGAGCUAGGAGCUGGGAAUCCAAAAGCUGCGAAGUUCUCGGUGUAUGUUGUCACAGGCAUAUCACUAAUCAUACAGACUACUUUUGUGAUUAUAAUCCUAGUAACAAGAGAGGAUUUUCCCAUACUUUUCACCGAAGAUGAAUUGGUUAGGGAGAGAGUGAGCAAAGUUGCUUACUACCUUUGUGCUUCAAUUUUUCUCGGAAGCAUACAACCAGUUCUAUCAGGGGUAGCCAUUGGAGCUGGUUGGCAAACCACAGUCGCAUAUGUAGAUCUCGGCAGCUAUUAUGCUGUGGGUUUAACAAUUGCUUUGCUUUUGGGUUUCACAUUCAACCUUGGUCUAGAGGGAAUUUGGGGUGGUGUGAUUAUCGGGGUCAUAUUGCAGACCAUCAUCCUUAUCAUUAUCACUUGGCGGACCGAUUGGGAAAAAGAGGUAUCAUUAGCUAAUGAUAGAGUCUUAAUUUGGGGAGGCUCUGUAGUAACUACGAUCCAAUAUGAGAAAGUUUAGAGCUGCAAGAACAAGAUAUGAAGAAUUUGCAGUCCUGACAAUGAGCAGGUGGACAGACUAGAAGCAAAUGAACUUCCAUUUAUUUUUUUAAUUUGAUUUGUUCAAUGCGCUGCUUGUCUUCAAAUAAUUCAGUAAACAAACAGUUGUUAGAGUUGAGAGAAUUAUUGGCUAUGUUAAAUAUUUAUUUGUGUGCGCAUGAUGUAGCAUGCCCUUGUUAAAAGACUGCAAAUCAAUGCAGUUUUGAUCCUGUUGGGCUUGCGGCGUCUGUUUUCAACU